ACAAAUUGCUCAGAUAGUUCUCAAUCUUUAGAUGAGAGUGAAUUACAAUCGUUGAAUCACGUCGUAAAUGAAAAAAAUUAUGAGGACAGUAAUUUCUUAAGGCUUAAAAAUCAUUUCUAUCCACAUUUACAACAUUUGAUGAAAUCACCAAUCAAAUCAUCUUUACUAUCUGAUAAAAACUCAACAAUUGAAACAGUAUUAUCAAAAUCAGGAUCAAUGCAAGAGACUGACUUAAUACCUCAAUCAAUAUAUAUGGCCCACUGCAUGAAACAAUGUUCACGGACAGAUACUAAUUCAUCUUUGUCAUCAUCAUUAUCGGGUGAAACUUCUGGAUCAGAGAUAAACCAUGAUUGUAUGUUGCUAAAUAAUACCAACAACCACCCAUCAAACCUUCGUUUAACUAGAUAA